UAUAGAAAGAGAGUGAGAGCACACAGAGACCCGCACACAGCUCAGAUCUGCAGCAGCAUGCUCCUGCACACUCUACACAGAGAGGACUAGACCACUUGUGAUUCCUGCUCAAGUUCAAGGCUUUUUGUGUGUCUCUUCAAAAUCCUUUUUGUUUAAAACACCUCCACACAACAACAAGCAACUUCCUUCUCAUUUUCCUGCCGUGGAUGAGCGCAAGAAGCGUGGAUGAUUAUGUUUGAAAAAGAGUCAGGACAGACACUGGACCAGUCGACCGCAACGGCGAUGCCUUCCAACAAAUACUCCGCUACCAUCAUGGAGGAGAGCAACAACAUGACCGCCACUGCGCCGGUGAACGGAGACACGCCUCCAGCUGAGGGCCUAUCAGAGAACGACAGUGGCGUGGAGCUGACCAAUGAAAACAGCCCUCUGACUGCGGCCGAACCGCCUUCCCCCUUCAGCCCCAAGCAGAACGGAGACGCCGCCUCACCCCAAGAUGGUGAUAACCAGUGUUCGAGGGAAAGCAGGAAAAGAAGCAGGAAGAAGGCAGAGGAGGAAGAAAGUUCCUGGGACUCCUACAGUGAGGAAAAGUCUUCGGGAGUGUCUCAGUUGAGUUUGAGACAGACGCCUCGUCCCAGAACCAUCUUCCAGGCCGGUCUGAAGCCGCACACUCACACCAAAGCUCGCAGACAGAACCGCAAACAGGAACACAGCACGUCACUGUGUGGAGGUGGUCCUCUGGGGGCAGUGGUUGUAUCCGACGGUGUACCCGAGACCCCGCGCCUGGAGCUGAUGGAACAAGACUCCAAGGACUCGGCCCAGAGCAGCAGCACCUCGUCCAGCUCCGAAAUCCUGCCAGAGUACAACGACAACAAGGGUUUUGGCAUCGGCGAGCUGGUGUGGGGGAAGAUCAAGGGCUUCUCCUGGUGGCCCGGUAUCGUGGUGACGUGGCGCGCAACUGGCAAACGGCAGGCCAGCCACGGCAUGAGGUGGCUGCAGUGGUUUGGAGACGGCAAGUUCUCUGAGGUUUCAGCAGACAAACUGGACUCCAUCACUGCCUUCCCCAAGUUCUUCAGCCAGGCUUCCUACACCAAGCUGGCUUCCUACCGCAGAGCCAUCUUCCAAGCACUGGAGAUGGCCAGUUUCCGGGCGGAGAAGAAGUUUUCUCCCUGCGAGUCCGACAAUCCAGAAGACCAGGUCAAACCCAUGCUAGACUGGGCCAACGGCGGCUUCAUGCCCAAAGGAAAGGAGGGACUGAAACCUACACAAACCGCUGAGAGUAACCCGCUGGACCACCAAGUCCUGGAUGUGUCGCUGCCAGAGUAUUUCCCCAGUGCGAAGCGGCCCAGAGUCAGCCUCUGUAAGAACAAGGCCAUUCCCGAAGAGUCCUACAGCAGAGAACAAAUGGUGAAUGAAGUUCUGAAGAAUAAAAGAAGUAUAGAAGAGUUCUGUCUCUCUUGUGGAAAGAUGAGAGCAGCAACCUUUCACCCGCUGUUUGAAGGAGGCCUGUGCCAAACAUGCAAGGACGUGUACCUUGAGAUAUCCUACAUGUACGAUGACGACGGCUACCAGUCCUACUGCACCGUCUGCUGCGGCGGUCGAGAGGUUCUGCUCUGCGGCAACGCCAACUGCUGCAGGUGUUUCUGCGUAGACUGUCUGGACAUCCUCGUUGACCCCGGAGCGUCUAACAGCGCCCGGCAUCUGGACCCGUGGCGAUGCUACAUGUGCCAGCCGAUGCUGCAGUACGGCGUCCUGAAGCGGCGGCACGACUGGAGCCUCAAGCUGCAGGAGUUCUUCGCCAACGACAACGGACAGGAGUUUGAAGCACCAAAGAUUUACCCAGCAGUCCCUGCAGAGCAGAGACGACCAAUCAGAGUCCUCUCCCUGUUUGACGGCAUUGCCACUGGCUACCUGGUUCUACGGGACCUGGGUUUCAAGGUGGACCAGUACGUGGCGUCAGAGGUGUGCGAGGACUCCAUCUCAGUGGGUGUUGUCAGACAUGAAGGAAAGAUCCAGUACGUCCAUGAUGUCAGGGACAUCACUAAGAAAAACCUUCUGGAGUGGGGUCCUUUUGACCUGGUGAUAGGAGGAAGUCCCUGCAACGACCUUGUCAAUCGGCGUCCAACCGCUGCAGGCAUUUCAGAAGGCACAGGGAGGUUGUUCUUUGAGUUUUACCGUCUGCUGAGCGAGGCCAAGCCCAAAGAAGGAGAGGACCGGCCGUUCUUCUGGAUGUUCGAGAAUGUGGUCGCCAUGGGCGUCAAUGACAAGAGGGACAUCUCGCGAUUCCUGGAAUGUAACCCUGUGAUGAUUGACGCUAUCGAGGUCUCUGCUGCUCAUCGUGCCCGAUACUUCUGGGGAAACCUGCCGGGCAUGAACAGGCCUCUUUGUGCAUCCGGGAUGGACAAACUGGAGCUGCAGGACUGUCUGGAGCACGGCAGAGUUGCAAAGUUUGGAAAGGUGCGCACCAUCACUACCCGCUCCAACUCCAUCAAACAAGGGAAGGAUCAACACUUCCCUGUCCUGAUGAACGGGAAGGAGGACAUACUGUGGUGCACUGAGCUGGAGAGGAUCUUUGGCUUCCCUGUCCACUACACAGACGUGUCCAACAUGGGUCGCGGUGCCAGGCAGAAGCUCCUGGGCCGGGCCUGGAGCGUCCCGGUCAUCAGGCAUCUGUUCGCGCCGCUGAAAGACUACUUCGCCUGUGAAUAGGCACCAGCCGCCGCCGGGAAACAGACAACUCUUAUGAAUAAAAACACCAGCUUCUCUACUGUGAUACUGGCUCAGACAGACAUCAUCCGCUGGAGGUUUUUCUCCACUUUGGCAGGCAAAUAGCCAGAGUCACUAAAGAUGUGUGUAGCUGGGAGAUAGUGAAAGUAGCUGUUUGUUUGUGUCCAGCCCUUUCUGGAUCCGGGUGAUAAUGCACUGCAGACUUAGUCAAACAUAACACACACUAACACAAAGAUACACAAAUACAGCACAGGUGAGCACCUUGGCUGUGGUUUAUCACUACCCCAUAGAGUCAGGAAGAGAGAGAGGGAGGGUCAAAGGUCAGGUGUGCAGCCAGUCAGUAUCACCUGACUGUAAGUUUAAAGGUGGAGGCCGGCAGGGUGCGCCGACUCUCAGGAGGUUCAGCUGAGUUAAAAGGGAAAAAUGAGAAAACCUUUUGCUUUGUUUAUUAACAUUAGACCCGUACAGUGAUUUUAAUAGGACGUUUUUAAUUCCCUUGGAAGGUUUUUAAGUUGACAACACUUAUUAGUUGUAGAAAAUAGAGAACAACAUGGCACCCAAUGGUACAACUUUUUAAGUGGCUGCGUGUCAGACUUUUAUUUUUAUUUUUUUUAGGAAGUGUUAAACAUUUCAGAGGUCGCUCAUCCCUCCAUUUAACGGAUGAUUAACGUGUGUGAUGAGCAGGCUGCCAAUACAGGCUGUUAAUCUAAAACAAACAAAAAAACUCACUUGAACCAAAGUCACAAGAUGGACAGAUGAAGUCCUGCUCCCUUUUUUGGGCUACCUGCUGUUCCACUCGUCUCGUCUUUGUUUCAUUGGUCUGUCUAGAAACGCUCAAACAUGAUUCAGUGGUUCCUAUAACAUCUACAACAGUACUGGACUGUUCAUUUGAACCCAGAUAAAACAACUAUUAUGUUGUUUGCAUUCAACAACAACAACACAUCCCAUGAGUCUAAGCCACACAGAAAGUGGUGAAAGCCUUGUGGGAGCUGUAGUUGUUCAUUGUCAACAAAAGAUUCAGCCUUUUAUCUUUAUUAAAAUUUUUGAAUAUAGAUAUUUAGAUUCAAAUACAGAAGGAAAAUCCUUGUGUCUCAGCAGACCAAUGAAAGAAGCCCUCUGUGGGGAAAUACAUUCAACAAUGGAGGCAAGUGGACCACGAGCUGAACCUGGAACUGAAGCAGGAUUCUGGGUUUAUAUUUAGUUCAUAUUCAUAGUUUUUUAUGGUUUGUCGUAAAGAAAAGAAAAACUAUUUUUUACUUUUUGUCUUUGAAAUGAGUUCGUACGAGCAAAAUAGCUUCUUUAAAAAAGAAAAAAAAACUUUUAUUAAAGAUUAUAUAAAGAUGUUUUUGUGUAGAUAGUGUUAAACGUUGACCUUUACGUUAUGAUGUCACGAUGGCGUCUCCCUGAUAGCUACAUACAAAUACUUGAAACAAGCCAAUGUAAGAAAAACAAAACAAAAAAACAGAGAUAUAGAGAAUAGGGUUCUUGUCUUUUUGCCAACCAUUUCUGACAGCUAAGAAUUAAAGGGCAUUUAUCGUACUGUUUAGAUUUUUAGAGCUUAAAAAUAAAAUUAGUUUACUGUAAAUGGCUGGAUGCCAGAUGUGGGAGAUCCUGGUUUUAGAAGAAGUUCCUUUGAAUCCAGGAAAAAGUGUCACUGUGUGUAAAUGUGGUUUUUACAGCAACAGAAACAAUGGUGGGAAAACACUGGUGAACACGCAACUAGCACUGACUACUUUUUGUUUAAAGGAGUUUUUUUUUUUUUUUCAGUUUCCAAAAGAACAAAAUCUGUUAAAGGGACUUGACAUGAAGCCAUGAGGUGCUUUGUUACGUGUGGUGCACAUGCUUUGGUAUACAGUAUGUUUAAAUAAUUAUAGUCCACAAUGUGUGAAUGUGUAGUGUGUGGCGCACAUACAUAAUAAAGAAUAAUACUCCUUAAUAAUGAUAAAAGACUGUAAGUCGGCACCAUUUCUGAAUCUUUAAUGAAUUGGAUAGAAGGCGUUUAGCCUACAAUAACAUCAUACUGUAUAUUAGCAUUAGCAUGUUCAUCAGACAGUCAUUUACUGGAUAUGACCAAACUCACAAAAACUCUGUGCAGUCCUUUUUUUUUAAAUUUUAUUUUGAUAACUGGAUGAUUUUUUAAAAUGCUGUCACCAAAAUCAUACUGAACGGGCAUUACCUCAGACAAAGGGGGCAACUCUCCUCCUGUAGGAUCUCUGUUCUGUGAAUAUAUACUGUAGCUUUUUGCUCCCAUAUGCCCUGUAUAUAUAUAUAGCUUGUAUUUUAUCACUGGAACUUUUUUUACACAAUGUUUUGCGUACUGUAUCGAUAGAAAGGUUUACAAGUGUUUUAACUCUCAAGAACUACAUUAUAUUUUUAACACAAAAUGCACAAGCCUUCUUAAAGAACUGUUUCUUUAAUGGUGAAAGUUCAUUUAGAAAUGUUAGGACUCCUUUAUGGUGCUCAAAGGGCCCCUCAAAGUGCCAUCAGGAACCUUUUUCUAGUGUAAUCUCCUUUAAAAAAACCAAAAAGUAUUUGUUUACAUGCUUCAUUAAUACUGCUGAACUUGUUGAAUGUUUUAAGCUUGAAAACAGUACGCAAAAAAAAUCUAGAGUUUUUUCUUUUCUUUGUGUAACUGGUCUUUUAAAACUUUUUAUAUUGAGAACAUACGUAUAAUAUUAACACAGUAUAAAGCUUGCUUGAAAUUCGUAAUGUUACAGUAUAAUAUAGAGCAUAUUAAUCAAUAGCUUUUUAAUAUCUUGUGUUAUUUAGAUGCAGUUCAUUUGUAUGUGUAUUUGUAGGCUCGAGUGUGAAUGAUGUUAAGUUUCCUUUUUUUAAACUAUAACCUUUUUGUUCUUUAACUUUUAUCAGAAUCACAUUUGUGGAUUUUUGCUUUGGCUUUUUCAUGAACCUUAAGUGCAAACACAUUUAAAAAGAACAGAUUCUGUGCUAUUUUUAUACUUUUGAAUUAUUAGUGGAAAUGUUUGUGUACUUCUUAUAGCAACCUAUAUAUAAUUUUUACUCAA